CUCCCCAACUCCUCUGCUGCUACUUGCAUCAUUCUAUUACCACUUCACAUCUAGAGAGAGAGAGAGAGAGAGAGAGAGAGAGAAUGGGUUCUUGUGGUGUUAUCAAGAGCAGUUUCCUCACAUUGCUCCAUUCUCAAGAUGGGUAUUCAUCCUCUGCAACCAUGACUUCUCUUUUCAACAAGAAGCACAAGUUUGGUAGGGUGAGAGCAGCUACAGGGGACAAUAAUACAAGUGAUGAAUACAGCAACAUCAUAGUCAAGAGUGAUCAACAAACAAUACACAAUGGACACUUGACAACAAGAAGAACCCUCAAUUUCUCUGGGGAAAAGCCUUCCACUCCAAUCUUGGAUACCAUUAACUACCCAAUUCACAUGAAGAAUCUUUCUCUUGAGGAGCUUGAAAAGUUGGCUGAUGAACUCCGUGAAGAGAUAGUUUAUACGGUGUCUAAAACCGGCGGUCACCUGAGCUCAAGCCUAGGAGUGGCCGAGCUAACUGUUGCGCUUCACCAUGUUUUCAACACACCAGAAGAUAAAAUCAUUUGGGAUGUUGGACACCAGACAUAUCCGCAUAAGAUAUUGACUGGAAGGAGAUCGAGAAUGCAUACAAUUAGACAAACUUGUGGGCUUGCAGGUUUUCCCAAGAGGGAGGAGAGUGUUCAUGAUGCUUUUGGAGCUGGCCAUAGUUCUACUAGCAUUUCAGCUGGCUUAGGGAUGGCGGUUGGUAGAGACUUGGUAAGGAAGAACAAUCAUGUAAUUGCGGUAAUAGGUGAUGGAGCCAUGACUGCAGGACAAGCAUAUGAGGCUAUGAACAAUGCAGGCUAUCUUGACACAAACCUUAUAAUCAUCUUAAACGACAAUGCCCAAGUUUCUCUCCCCACAGCCACCGUGGACGGUCCUGCUUCGCCUGUCGGAGCUCUUAGCAAAGCCCUCACAAGAUUACAGUCAAGUAGAAAGUUCCGCCAACUUCGUGAAGCCGCAAAAGGCAUGACCAAGCAGCUGAUGGGAAGCCAAGGACAUGAAAUAGCAGCAAAAAUGGAUUCAUACAUGAGAGGGAUGGUGGGUGGUUCAGGAGCAAGCUUGUUUGAAGAACUUGGGUUGUACUAUAUUGGUCCUGUGGAUGGUCAUAAUGUGGAAGACUUGGUUCAUAUCUUGAAAGAUGUCAAGUCCCUCCCUGCACCUGGACCCGUUCUCAUCCAUAUUUUAACUGAGAAAGGCAAAGGCUAUGCUCCUGCUGAGGUUGCAGCUGACAAGAUGCAUGGUGUGGUGAAGUUUGAACCAAAGUCAGGGAAACAAUUGAAGACAAAAUCAAAGACAAAGUCAUACACCCAAUACUUUGCAGAGUCCUUAAUUGCUGAAGCUGAGAGAGAUGAGAAAAUAGUAGCAAUCCAUGCAGCAAUGGGGGGAGGAACUGGACUGAAUCUGUUCCAAAAACGUUUUCCAGAGAGAUGUUUCGACGUCGGGAUUGCGGAACAACAUGCUGUCACCUUUGCUGCUGGUCUUGCCACUGAAGGUCUCAAGCCUUUUUGCACUAUUUACUCUUCUUUUCUACAGAGAGGUUAUGAUCAGGUGGCUCAUGAUGUGGAUCUUCAAAAGCUUCCAGUGAGAUUUGCACUGGAUAGGGCUGGUCUUGUUGGUGCAGAUGGUCCUACACAUUGUGGGGCUUUUGACACAACUUUCAUGGCUUGUUUGCCUAACAUGGUGGUCAUGGCCCCUUCUUGUGAGACUGAGCUCAUGCACAUGGUUUCCACUGCUGCAGCCAUUGAUGAUAGGCCUAGCUGCUUUAGGUACCCUAGAGGGAAUGGGAUUGGCUCCAUUCUUCCACCAAACAACAAAGGCACCCCUCUUGAG